UCCUUUCACUGUGAGCAAUAAAAAGGAGCCGUGCACAACGAGCCCCAGGAGUGGAGGAGCGUAAAUUUCUGUAUCGCCUGGACGGUGAAUGAAGAGCACCAUAUGGACCGUUUUAUCCUUUCUUCUCGGCGGACAGACUGAGGGAGAACCUCAAGAUUCAGGAGAAACAGAUAACGGACAUGAUAACGUCAAGACCGCCGUCGUCUCAAACAGGAAGCCGCUGGUGCUAAAGACGACCGGACGCUUAGACGAGCGCCCGUGUGAAUGGUGUCCCGGCAGACGAAUUGGUUAAGAUGGCGUCCACAGGCACACAGAUCUUUGGCUUUGUGCUGGCGCUGCUGGGCAUCCUGGGUGUUACGGUGGCCACACUGCUGCCCAACUGGAAGGUGAGCGCAGACUCGGGCUCAAGCAUCAUCUCGGUCAUCUCGCAGAUGCAGGGCCUGUGGAUGGACUGCACCUGGUACAGCACAGGGAUGUUCAGCUGCACACUCAAGUACUCUGUGCUGGCGUUGCCUGCGUACCUGCAGACGGCACGUACCACCAUGGUGCUGUCAUGCAUCCUGGCCGCACUCGGGCUCUGCCUGGGGUCGCUCGGGCUCAAGUGCACGCACUGGGGUGGGGGAAGGAGAGCAAAACGUCACGCUGCACUGGCGGCCGGAGUCUGCCUCGUAGCCUCUGGGUUCUUGUGCCUGGUGCCUGCGUCCUGGUACACCAACGAGGUCAUCGUCAGCUUUCUGGAUGCCAGCAUACACGAGAGCAACAAGUUUGAACCGGGCGGCGCCGUCUACGUCGCGUUCGUCUCGUCCGGUUUGCUUCUCACUGGUGGCUUCAUCUUCUGCCUGUCUUGCUCGGGCAAGCGUCACGGCCCUCAGGAUCUCGUCCUGCUGCCACCGGAUAAACUCCUACUUCAGCAGCAACAGCAUCUCCUCCAGCAGCGGCACUUAGACCAGCUCCAGCACCAGUACUGCACUCUGUCGCCUCUGGAUAAUAAGACAGGAUACAGCCUGCAGGACUACGUGUAAUCAAAAACACUCGCAAAACACUCGUCCCCUCCUUUACAAGCACAAAACAG